UUGGAUAGGAUAGACAGGUUAUUCGUGCUGAUGUAGUUUAAUUGCUAUUAAUUGUUUAAAACCUUUCAUGUUGUUGCCUGGAUCGUUUCUCUGUGACUUUCAAGUACGGUCUCCGUUUACAUGUCAUUGAGCUCAGCGACAGACAACAGAAACUUCUUAGUCCGCAACAAAUCUGGCAACGACAUUCCGGGACUGAAGGCCAAGGACAUCAAACAUGGAAACCUAGAUCUGGUUAAAAAGCAUGGAAGUCUCCAUGAGUUCCUUAUGUGGCUACACCAGCAGUAUGGACCUAUAGCAAAGUUCUGGUUUGGAGAACAAAUUGUAGUCAGCAUUGCCUCUCCUCAACUGUUUAAAGAGACCUCGCGUAUGUUCGAUAGACCAGAGGUUUUGUUGAGUAUCUUCAAGCCCUUGGUCACUGAACACGCUAUCCCAUAUGCUAACAAAGGAGACGGAAAGUGGAGGAGGAACACUUACGACCCAUGCUUCAGUCACGAAAGUGUGAUGAGAUGUAUAGAAAAAUUCCAAACGCUUGCCGAGGAAUUGUUGGAGAAAUGGUCUCAAACACCACGUGAUGAGCAUAUCCCUUGCCGCCAGGAGGCUUUAUUGUUCACGUUGAAGGCCAUAACACAGACUUCACUUGGAGACUACUUUUUGGAUGAGGAGCAGAUCACACAAUUUUGGAAGGCAUAUGAUGUAUGUUGGUACGAUAUGGAAGAGAGACUUGGAGGAGAUAUUCCAAAGCCUGGGAGUGAGCGUGAAAGGAAGUUUAACAAUGCGAAUAAAUAUAUGAAAGAUACAUUAGCAGCUGCGAUUGACUAUAGACAGAAGAAUCCGACCACCGAGAAACGAGAGAUGUUAAUUGACGUCCUGAUUGAGAACAAUAUCCCAGAUGACAUGCUAAGGGGAGAGCUAAUGAGCUUCAUCGUUGGUGGUUUCCAUUCAUCAGGAAAUUUGUUAGUGUGGGCCCUCCACUUCAUCUCUGUAUAUCCUGUCGUUCAGGAGAAAAUGUACCAAGAAGUAAAAGCCGUACUGGGUGACACAGGCAAGGUUACACCGGUUAACAUUGCAAAGUUGGUGUACACCCGUCAGGUAAUGGACGAAACGCUGCGCGUGGCGGUGGUUUCACCUUAUGCUGGCCGCUAUGACGAUGAAAAAGACGUCACACUGGGAGGUUACGUCAUACCAACUGGAACUCCCAUUAUCCAUGCGUUGGGUGUAGUACUAAAUGAUCCAGUUUGGUGGCCAAAUCCCAAGAAGUUUGAUCCAGAUCGUUUCAGCCCGGAGAAAGUGUCAGAGCGGCACCCCUACUCCUUUCAACCGUUUGGUUUUGCCGGCAAGAGGAAGUGUCCUGGGUACCGUUUCGCUUACGCAGAAGUAGCUACGGCACUGGCAAACAUUCUGCUGAGGUUUCAGGUUCAUGAGGUCAAAGGUCAGAAGGUCAAGGCCAAGUAUGGACUAGUUACAACCCCUGUAGACGAAGCCUGGAUAACACUGACUGAGAGAACCUCCAAUAAUUCAGUUAAAUAG